AUGACUCUCCCUGAGUCCCUACAAGCCUCAGACACGACGAGCUCCCGACUUUGCCCGAUCCCUCCACAGGGGUUCCGCUUAGCGGCAAGCCACAACAAGGCGAACCCACACCGCACGCUGACGGCAGACCCACCGGUACCGAAUGCCAGGCCUGGCUCCAAAACUUUUCACCCCCUGGUCUCUCUCCUCUCGGCGCCCGUCCCCCACCCGUCUCAAACACGACUCUGCUUGCAAAUCACAGUUUCGGCCGUUUUGAAGCACGCACAACAAGUCAUGCCCGAGGAUUGCUGCCACCGUCCACUGGGCAAGACAGGGUCUGUUGUUAAUGGUUGCAAUGCCUGCCGCUGGUGGACCAAGUUCACGAUACUUGCGAUUGCGCAUGGCGUUCGUCUCGGCGCCAUGUCAGCUUCGGUCUCUGCAUCGCGAGCUAGGCGAUGGCCGGGGCGUCCUGGGGUCCGUCCGGUCAUGUCGUUGAGCCAUCCCGCACCUCCAGAACCUGGCCCGGCGUCGCUAGCCCGCUCCACUGGCGGCUCUUUCGAGCUAGAGGCUAGAGCUCUCAAACCUCCCCGGCCCCGCAUGGAGCUAAAGACGGGGGCGUCGCACCCCGCACGAUGCAACUUUGGAGCUGUCACGCUUCCGACAAGCUCCGUUGGUCUCCGUAUUUCGGAACCGGUUCCUCUGACGCGCCAACCAGUUUUUUUACGUGCUGGAUACUCGUCGACGGUCGACGUCCCCAUGGCCAUGGAGCCCAUGGAUGAUGGAUAUGCUACCCCGGCCUCCAUCUCUCGGGCACCAACGAGGUGCCGCCAGAUGCAAGAUCAUCUAGAGAUUGCCGCCCCUGAUUGGGUCUUCCUCUGCAGCAAGCUCUCUCUGGGGAAAGGCUUUCGGACAUUGCCCGAGUCCGCCAUAGGAUUGUCGUACUGA